AUGUUUACAACUUCAGUACCAAUUUGUUACAGUUGCAAACAACCAAUCACUGAUAUUUGCUUAUCAGCAUUUGGCCUACAAUGGCAUCCAUUCCACAUUGCUUGUAAUGUUUGUAACAAGGAUUUUAGUGAUGGAAGUAGAUGUGAAGAGGGUCCAGAUGGAUUUGCAUACUGUUCAAAAGAUUUCUUGGAUAAAUUUGCACCAAAAUGUAAAAAAUGCAAUCACGCUAUUUUAGGUGAAAUUACAAAUGCUUUAGGUUCAACUUAUCAUCCAGAACACUUUCAAUGUAAUACAUGUAAUGUAUUAUUAAAUGGUAAUUUUUUUCAUACAGAUGACAAAACUCCAUAUUGCGAAAAACAUUAUUAUGAAGCCAUUGGAUAUUUGUGUAAACAUUGCGAUAAACCAAUUAUUUCAGGAAAAUGUAUUAGUGUUGGAUCAUCACGUUAUCAUCCAGAACAUUUCUUCUGUACUUUUUGUAAAUCAAAUCUUUCAGGUGUAGCAUAUAAGAAGCAAGGCGAUAAACCUUAUUGCACAGAAUGUUUCCUUAAACUUUAUGGAUAA